AGUGUGUCUUCAGUUUAGAAUAGAAUUUGAUUACGUUUUUUGAAGAAGGAAGCUUCUGACAAGCUAAUAACCUGACUUUUUUAUCUAGGUUAGCUAGAAGAGGUAUCUAUUAAUCAUGGUGUUUGUGAGCAGUAUUGUUUUGCCUCUGAUUGUUCUCAUGAGUGUCAGCAAUGGACAGAUAGUUGAGAGGACGUAUUCUGGCAAGAUUGAAGUUAGUAAUGGAAUGAGGUGGGGCUCAUGGGGACAUCGAGAUAUGUGUCCCUAUGGGACCUAUGCUACAGGAUUUAGUCUCAAAGUUGAACGAGCACAAGGAGAUGGCGAUGACACAGCUCUAAAUGGAAUUGCCCUUCACUGCACUAAACCAAUGGGCUCCACAAGGGAUCCUCAGAGUUAUUCAACAGUCCAAUCUGAUGCUGGCAGCUGGGGAACUUGGACACAGAACAUUUGGUGCCCAAAUGGUGUACUGCAGUCAUUUCAGCUACGUGUAGAAUCCCAUCAAGGACGUGGUGAUGAUACUGCUGCUAACAACAUAAGGUUCACAUGCACUGGAGGUGAACAUCUGACCGGCAACGGCAUGAACUGGGGAGAAUGGGGUGGAUGGAGUCAAAAAUGUGUUGGAACAGGAAUUUGCGGGAUCCAAACUGAAAUAGAGCCACCACAGGGUUCAGGAGACGACACUUCUCUUAAUGACGUCAUCUUUUUCUGCUGUGAAUAAGGUUUGCGCCAUAAAAUGAUGGUGCAAUGAGAAAAUGAUUUUCCUUAAAAUUGUUUUUAAAAAAAGGAGAAAUUUUAAAAAUGCAUUUCUGUCAUUCAUAAGAUCAAAAAUCUAUAUUAUAUAUACACACACACACACACACACACACAUACAUAUAUAUAUAUAUAUAUAUAUAUAUAUAUAUAUAUAUAUAUAUAUAUAUAUAUAUAUAUAUAUAUAUAUAUAUAUUGCUUGUGUAAAAUUAUACUAGUUUGGAUCCAGAUCUUUAGGUGCCCAUAUCUUAAAUACAUACAAUGGCUACAUAGAUUUGGCUUAUGACAUAAAAUAUAUUGAUCUUAUUCUGACUGAAGUUAAUCACAAUCACAAUGAUUCGUUCCAAAAAAAUUUUUUAAGGCCUUAAUAUAAAUCUAUAUUAUACUUGAAUUUGUUAUAUUUGUUCAAGAUUAUGUGACAGUACAAUAAAAAAUGUUGAUUCGCAUUACA